UGUGUGCGGUGGGAGGGGGAAAAAUGGCCGCUUGCGGAGCGACACUCGGAAUGAUGAGUGACAACAACGCGAACACAACCCCUUCAAAAUGUGACAGCUGACCCGAACCGACACCAGCACACACACCGGUUUCCGAACGGAUGGGUAUCGCGGCCGGUGGCGGGGGAGGUCCGGAAUGACAGUGUUUGUGUUCAAGUUGUAAUUUGUGGGAAAUAGGUGAAUUAGCUAGCCUGCUAAUGUUAGCCGCGCGCUAAACUGGGACUGAACGAACCAAAACAAGAUCCACGAAAACAUACCACAGCAGCAGCAUUAUCCCUGCUAGGAUGAGCGGACCGGGUCAAGACAGCGAGUCAGAGGCCAAAGUGCUUCAUAUUAAACGGCUGUAUAGGGCUGUUGUGGAAACGGUGCAUAAGUUGGAUACUAUAAUCAGCGGCAAGUCAUCAUAUAGGGAGGUCUUCAAACCUGAGAAUAUCAGUUUGAGGAACAAAUUGCGUGAACUUUGUGUAAAGCUGAUGUUUCUGCACCCUGUGGACUAUGGACGCAAGGCAGAAGAGCUGCUGUGGAGGAAGGUCUACUAUGAGGUCAUUCAGGUCAUCAAGACCAACAAGAAGCAUAUUCACAGCCGCAGUGCUCUGGAGUGUGCCUACAGGACCCAUCUGAUCGCUGGGGUGGGCUUCUUUCAACACCUGCUGCUCUACAUCCAGUCACACUAUCAGCUGGAGCUACAGGACUGCAUCGACUGGACACACGUCACCGACCCACUCAUCGGUCGUAAGAAACCAGUCUCAGCCACCCCUAAAGAGAUGGAGUGGGCCCAGAUGGCAUGUCACAGAUGCCUUGUGUACUUGGGAGAUCUUGCGCGGUACCAAAACGAACUGGCGGGAGUGGAGGCAGAGCAGCUGGCGGAGCGCUUCUAUCACCAGGCCCUGUCUGUCGCACCUCACGUCGGCAUGCCGUUUAAUCAGCUGGGUACACUUGCUGGAAGUACAUUUUAUAAUGUGGAGGCUACUUACUACUACUUGCGCUGUAUUCAGUCAGAGACUCCCUUCGAUGGUGCUUAUGGGAAUUUAAAGCGUCUGUUUGACAAGGCAGCCAAGAUGUACCACCAGGUGAAGAAACAAGAGAUGAAGAAACUGUCACCAUCACGCCAGAGGUCAAAAGACAUCAAAAGACUGCUGGUGAGCUUCAUGUAUUUGCAGAGUCUGCUGCAGCCCAAGAACAGUCUGAUGGAGACGGAGCUGACAUCACUGUGCCAGUCUGUGCUGGAAGACUUUAACCUGGUGCUGUUCUACCUCCCCCUUCCUGCUCACGGCAGCCAGUCAGCCAGUGAGGAGGAGGAAGAGCACGACUCCGUCUGUUCUGUGCUUCCUGACAGCCUCAUAUUCAAGAUGGUGGUGACUUGCCUUAUGGUGGUGCACAGUUUGAAGAGAGGGGCUUCAAAGCAGUACAGUGCCUCCAUCGCUUUCACGUUGGCUCUGUUCUCCCAUUUGGUCAAUCAUGUCAACAUUCGACUGCAAGCUGAACUGGAGGAGGGUGAGAGUGAUGUCCCACCCCUGCGCACUCAUAACACUGGUACAGACGACGGUGAUGCCAGAGAUCAUGGUAGUGCUGCUCUAUCAGAGGAGAGAAAACUGCAGAACGGCUCCCUAGAGGAAGAUGAUGAAGAGCUGGACGAGGAGAAGAAAAAUGAGGAAGACGAGCCUAAGGGGAACGGAAGGACACCGGGGACAAAGAAUAGCCUGGAGAAGAAAAGAUCAGCUGAGGAAAAGCAAAAACAGAAGCGGAAGUUCUCACGGCUCUCGAUGCUUCGCCGCAGACGCUGCGCUCAUAAGGAGGACGAGAGCGACCUGAGCGAGGGAUUUGAGAGUGACGAAGAAGAGAGUGGGGAAGGCAGGGGUCCAGUCGACGGUCUGGAAUCUGCUAGGGUCCAGAUAAACUCUUUAGGAAGAGAAGGGCGGAGGGGACCACUGCCAGAGGAUGGCAGCUGGGAAAGCGGUUCGGAGGAUGAGGGCGGCACAGCUUUUGACGUCGAGACGGACUCCGACAUGAACAGUCAGGAAUCUCGUUCGGACCUUGAAGACAUGGAGGAUGCCGAGAAUGUGCCACAACAACAGCAGCAACAAGAGGAAGAUGAGCAACCGCAACCGUCUAGGGAGGAAAACUCUACACCUCCAGUAACCAAUGGCCCGUCAGUGUCUAAUGACACCAGCAUCAGCAGUAACCUGCAGGCCAUGUCCUCCCAGCUCUUCCAAGCCAAACGCUGCUUUCGACUCGCCCCCACCUUUAGCAAUGUACUGCUCCGCCCUGCAGCUCCCACUAACCCCAUCCCAGACUCAAACCCUGCCCCAGUCCAAGAAGCCACACCUCCUACUGGAGAAAUACCAAGAAGCAUGAGUCCAGAUAUUGCUAAUGGAACCAAUGACAAUGAUCCUGACUCUGAAUCGGAGGGCAGUGAGCACAGCAACCAUUCGCUUCACAGUGAGAAAACUCUUUCUGAGCGACUGGAGAUUCUGACAAAUCAGGGUCUCAUCCAGGUGGUGAAGGUUUUCUUGGAUUGGCUGAGGACAAACACUGAUAUCAUCCUCAUGUGCGCUCAGAGUUCUCAGAGCCUGUGGAACAGACUCUCAGUGCUGCUUAAUUUGCUUCCUGUGGGCAGCAAGAUGUUAGAAACUGAUUUAGGUCUGAAUAAGCAUGUAACAGACCUGCUGAAUGAGUGUGAGCAGCCCGGUUUGGUCCAGACACUGCUCUUGCCAGAGGAUCUGGCCCUCCGCCACCUCCCUGCCCUCAGCGUAGCCCAUCGACGCCUGGACUUCACAGGCCAGAGACCCCCUCUUACCCCUCUGGAUGAGUGUGUGGUGCGUGUGAGCUGCAUUCGCAGCUUUGGUCACUUCCUCACAAAUCUCCAAUGUAACGUGUUACACUUCAACCCGGAGGCGGGCAUCUUCACCAGCAUCAGCCAAUCAGAGCAGGACAACCUGGUUCAGCAGGCCAAGGCCCAGUUCCGCAUGGCGGAGGAGGAAGCUCGCAGAAACCGGCUCAUGAGAGAUAUGGCCCAGCUGCGCCUACAGUUGGAGGUCUCUCAGCUGGAGGGCAGUCUGCAGCAGCCCAAAGCCCAGUCCUCCAUGUCUCCUUAUCUGGUGCCAGAUACCACAGUUCUCUGCCAGCAUCUGGGGCUGCUCAGACAGCUGGCUGCCAGCGGCUGCUUCAUCAUCAUCAUCCCUCGCACAGUGAUUGAUGGUCUGGAUUUGCUGAAGAAAGAGAAUUCUGGAGCGAGAGAUGGAAUCCGGUUCCUUGAGACAGAGUUUCGGAAGGGGAACAGGUACAUCCGCUGCCAGAAAGAGUCAGGAAGAAGCUUUGAGAGAGACAAAUUAAAACGACAGGACAUUGAAGCCUGGCACCUGUAUAAGAUGGUGGACAGCUGUCGCCAGCUGACGGGAUCUCAGAGCAGUGGAGAUGAAGACACCGCUGGUAUGGUGACCAUCCUGACAGGACACUCACUAGAGGAGCUGACUGAAAGAUCAGCUUCCAUGAAGGCAGCUGUCCAGGCGGUGGCAGCAGCAGGCAUGGAGCUAAAGAGCAUCACUGACUUCUGCAGGCAGUGGAAAGAAAUGGGCUGAGAGGCUCGGC